GUUCAGAUGUGUCUGUGGUUUCCAUUAAGUCACACCUUCAACUUCCUGUCUUCCUCUCCAUCUUUUUUUUUUAACAAACACAAACCACUAGAAGUGUGAGCGUCUUGUUUAAAUUUUUUGUUGAACUUUUCUGUCAAUAACAAAUUGAACUGCCCUGUGAGAAGUUGCAAACGUUUCUUCUCUGUGUUUUUUUAAUCUUUCUUUUCUCCUCCUCCCCCUGAAGCUACUAGUUUGUCCUCCGCUUCUUCUGAUCAGUAGCCAUAUUUAAAGCAGAAGAUGAUCCAUUCCAAUCACUCCAUCCACUCCGUGUUCUGUUGCUGCUGCUGCUCCGUUCAGACCAGAGAGGUUAGAACCCAACUGGAACUGGAGAGUGGAAGAACAUCCCUGUGUUUUCAGAGCCGUAGAUACCCGGGACAACCGCACCGCGUGGACAGGUCCAGGAGAAAGCUUCCUCCUCCCCCUCCUCAGGACGAAGAGGGCGACGAUCUGCUGAGGGUCGUUGCAAUGUACGACUUCAAAGCUCAGGAAGAAACGGACCUGACGCUCAAACAGGGGGACGAAUACAUCAUCCUUCACAAACAGGACCAGCUCUGGUGGAGAGCACAGGACAAACACGGGAACAAAGGCUUCAUCCCCAGUAAUUAUGUAACUGAGAAGAACUGCAUAGAAGCCAAUGUGUGGUACUGCAAGAACAUCACCAGGAUAGAAGCCGAGCAGCUGCUGAGACAGGAGGACAAAGAAGGAGGAUUUGUGGUGCGGGAGUCGAGUCAAAGAGGAGUUUACACAGUCUCCGUUUACACCAAGACAUUUAGUUCAAGGGGUGACAUCAGACAUUAUCAGAUCAAAACCAGUGAGUGUGGAAAAUUCUACCUGGCUGAAAAACACACAUUCACGUCCAUACCUGAGGUGAUCUGCUACCACCAACACAACGCUGCAGGCCUGGUCAGCAGGUUGCGUUAUGCUGUGGGACCAAUGGGAAGGUAUUUACCUGCAACGUCAGGAUUCAGCUCAGAAAAGUGGGAGAUCAUCCCCUGUGAACUGACCUUCAUGAAGGAGUUGGGCAGUGGUCAGUUUGGCAUGGUGCGACUUGGAAAAUGGCGAGGUCAACACAAGGUGGCGAUCAAAACCAUCAGAGAGGGGGCCAUGGGUGAGGAGGACUUCAUCGAGGAGGCCAAGGUCAUGAUGAAACUGUGUCAUCCUAAACUGGUGCAGCUGUAUGGUGUUUGCCUGCAACAGCGGCCCCUGCUGAUCGUGGCUGAAUUCAUGGAGAAUGGCUGCCUGCCGGAAUUCCUGCGGCCGAGGGGGGGGGCGCUGGAGGGGUGCAGGCGGCUUCUGUCCAUGUGCCAGGAUGUGUGUGAAGGGAUGGAGUAUCUGGAAGCUCACAGCUUCAUCCACAGAGACCUGGCAGCCAGAAACUGUCUGGUUGAUGAACAUAAGGUGGUGAAGGUCAGCGACUUCGGAAUGACCAGGUACGUCCUGGACAACCAGUACACCAGCUCCAGUGGGGCCAAAUUCCCAGUGAAGUGGUCUCCACCUGAAGUUCUGCACUUCAACAAGUACAGCAGCAGCUCCGACGUGUGGUCCUAUGGCGUGGUCAUGUGGGAGAUCUUCUCAGAGGGUCGAUCUCCGUUUGAAAACCGCUCUAACAUGGAAGUAGUCAACGACAUCACCAGAGGGAUCCGUCUGUACCGACCACAUCGAGCCUCCAGACGUCUCUACGCCCUCAUGUACUCCUGCUGGCAUGAGAAGCCUCGGUGUCGACCGUCUUUCUCUGAGCUGCUGGAGGACAUCAGACAAAUGGCAGAAAACCCAGACUAACAUAUACACAUUAAUUUUAUUAUUAUUUUUUUUUUACAAAUUUUAUUUUUGUUAAAAACCUCUGUGACCUUUAUUAUCAAAACCCAAAAUACUAUUUCACAUUUUCAAUAGUCAAUAGUUUAAAGUGAAAUGAAAUUGAAUCAAGGAGGUGAAAAAAAUCACAAAAAAAUUUAAAGUGAAAACUAGAAAGAGUCUGAAGAGUGACUGCAGAGACUUCAAUGUUGACCUUUGUGACCUUUGACUUGGUCAGAGUUUUAAUGAAGCAUUUUCAAAUCAGAGCAAACCUCACAUUUUAGACCAAACUUGAAUGGAAACCUGUUCAGAUGAUUGAAGCUCAUCAACAGGUUCUGAUCUAGAACCACCUGAGGAAUUGUUCCUGCAAAACCGAUGGAGACACCACUGAAGAAGAAAGAGGAGAUUUUAAAAAUGUUCUAAGAACUUUUUGACUGAUGCUUCUAUCCAUACAGAAUAAAGAAACUGCUGACGUG